GUCAUUUCGCUCGCGCAUUUCCAGAGAAUCAUGGCCGUCGAAAAAGUGGUCCGCUGGCACAAGCUUGGUCUUGGCAACUUCAUCGUGCACGAACUCAAGCGCGACAUGUUCCGCCCGUUUGUCUACGGCGGUAUUGCCUCCUUCUUCAUCUGCGGUGUCCUCCCUACCCGUGGCGCAACUGACGAAGACAAGGCCAAAUCCGUCUUCUGGCAACGCGUUAACGGCAAGUUCGACUGGGCCGCGGAACACCAUUAAAGAUCCUCCCGUGCUCCGCACAACGUUCCUCCCAUACGCAGCACAACAUACUCGAUCGAUAAGCAACGCCCCUCUCGUCUGUUAAACGUGUUAAUGGAGAGACGCGAUGAAGCAUCCGUCCGAGUUUGCCCAUCGUACACAUGUGUGCCUACAUCAUGCCUCGUCGUCGAA